AUGCCCUCGAAAGCAGAGUUUGACAUAAAAGCAGACUAUUAUUCCAUUUUAGAAGUGUCAAAAAAUGCAACAGCACAGGAAGUCCGCAAACAAUAUCUAGCACUUGCAUUCAAAUACCAUCCCGAUCGAAAUUACGGAAAUGAAUCUACAGCUGCUAAGAAAUUCCAAAAAGUACAAACUGCUUAUGAUGUGUUAAAGGACGUAUCAAAACGACGAGUAUACGAUUCGCAUUACUCUUCCAAUUCCAAAACUGCAAGAGGCUUCAAGUCGAAAGACUCCUUUCGCAGCUCAUUUUCUAGUCGAAAGACUAGCGCGUAUGCUGCGUAUCAUGAGGCGAACAAGGAUGAACGCUAUAAACAAGACUCUGGAAAGAGACGUGAAAAGAACAAACACGAAAAACGAUCCAGCGGAAAUGAUACUAGACUAAAAUCUUCUGAAUAUUUAUUCAACGGAGAUACGUUUUCUAAAUAUGAUCCCCAGUCGGGGAUUGGGAUUCGUAUUAAGCUGCCUUCAACUAAAAUGAGAAAUCAAGAGGCUAAUAUACCUAUAUUUAACGGAAAGUUGGAUUUUGAUUUCAAAAAUCCAAGAUCCAAUUUUCCUAACUCAGACAUGGAGACCAAUUCACAAGGAUCUUUCGAAUGGAAACCUAAUGAUGGUCAAUCUUACAAAAUGGGUGAUAAAAAAUCACAGACAAGAUCAAAAGGAAAUAAGCAGAGAUAUACGAAUGCAUCAAGUAGCACAAAUGAGCAGUUCUUGUUCAAUCACUUCGACCUUUCAACCAAAAUUAAUCCGUUCGACCUUUCUUUGGACCAAAAAUCGAAGAAAUUCUCUGGACCCCCUUUCCAAAAGCAGACGAAUGGAAUUGGGGGAAUUCCUGAAAAAAGCACAUUUUCCUUUACUCCUCACAGUACCACAAGCUCUUCUAUUUCUGGUCCUUCUAAUAAUAAUAUUGUUCAAGAGAAUACGAUUCCAUCAAUUAAUUUGGAUUCGACGAAGGUCUCAAAUUCACGAGCAUCGUAUUCUUCCAAUGACUUGCCUCACAAUGUUCAUAAUCUGAAGGAAGCUUCAGAUUGUCGUUUCGAAUCUAACGGUAGCAAUUACACCAGCUUUCAUAUUCCAAAGACGCAAGGAAAAUAUUCUGGCCGUGGAUUUAUGUCUUCUCCCCAAAGUACAGAUUUAACUGAACAGUGGUCGAAAAAGCAACUUGGACAAACCAAAUUAAACCCGAUUUUGGGCCAAGAAAUAGCGAAAGAACAAAGGACCAGUUAUGAUAUAACAACGUAUUCCAGACUUAAUGCGUCUUCUAAUUUUGAGAAUAUUCCAUCCUUCUCAUUCAAUGUUAAUCCAAAGCCUGCUAGCAAAGAAUCAAGCAGCAAGUGUAAAGAGUUUUCUUCGACUAACACUACCUUUGGACAUUUAGAAAGCAGCAUCAUUGAAAGCCGUAAUAAUACCGUUAGUGAUUUACCACUCUUUUCUUCUUUUUCUAUCGAGAAUAAAAUGAAUAUGACGGAUGUCACCGAUCCUAAACUAAAAAAGCCGAAUCCCAGUAUCGGAUUUUCGCAGAGUGGAGAUGCCAAAAGGAAUGUAAUGGAUGAUUUAUGCGCCAAAUUCGAGUCUAUUGAUGAUUUUGUCUCUCCUGAUACCACCCAGCAUUCAUUGCCACGAAUUCUACAUCGUCCUCGUAAUAUAAAAAGAGAAAAACGAAGCUAA